AGUAUCACGCCUCAAGCUUGGAAGAGCGGAAAGAACGUGUGAAAAGAUGCCUACUUUCAAUAACAUAUUGAAAUAAUUGUAAUUAAAACUUGUCAAAUGUACCUAUUGAUGUUUGACUGAUGUUAACCCGAAUUGUGAGGCAUAUUAAAAUAUCAAAUCAUCUGGUUCUGGACUAUGGCAAGCUUUAAAAAAAAUUCAUGAAGUUUUCGUUGAACUUGUCAGUUCUUCGCUCAUGCGGUGUUAUUGGGGAAUGUUUUGUGUGUUGUAGAAUCUGGAACCCAUUACCCAGGAACAUAUGUGCUCAGCUGCUUCUUAUUCAACAUAAAUCUAUUCAAGUGCUACCAGAAUGUCAAAUACAGAAGUGUUUGAUGUUCAAGAGAUUUCUGAAGGUAAAGCAAAUGUGCUUUUACCAAAAUCUGUAUUUUACAAUCCUGUUCAAGAGUUUAACAGAGAUCUUACCAUCAGCAUCAUCUCAUGGUUUGCAGCCACACAUUUAGAAGAAAGCAAAAAGAAAACAUUUAAAAGUAAAGGUGUUUCAGGAACCAGCACAGAAGACAAUUCUCAAGCUUUAAACAGCAAUGGGGCACAAGGAAGUAAUUCAACAGAUGAUCACCCUGGUCUUGUUGGUGCAGGUAUUAGACACGAGGGCGGUGUGAAGAUAUUUGAAGGACUAGCAGCAUCAGGUUUAAGAUCUAUUCGUUUUGGUCUUGAAGUACCUGGUGUACAAGAGAUAGUGGCAAAUGAUUUUGAUAGAAAUGCUGUAGAGUUCAUUGAGAAGAAUAUCACAAAAAACAACCUAAAUGGUUUAGUAAGAUCCAGCUACAGUGACGCCUCUUCUGUGAUGCACCAACACAAGGAUCCCAGCAAAAGGUUUGAUGUCAUUGACCUUGACCCAUAUGGCAGUUCAGCUCAGUUUUUGGAUGCAGCAGUGCAGGCCGUGGGUGAGGGUGGCCUGCUAUGCAUCACCUGUACAGAUGCUGCUGUACUUUGCGGUAAUGCUGGUGAAGCAUGUUUUGCAAAAUAUGGUUCCAUGUCCCUUCGAGGGAAGUUCUGCCAUGAAAUGGCACUUCGCAUCCUUCUCCACAGCAUUGAAUCAAAUGCUAAUCGACAUUCACGGUAUAUUGUACCUCUGCUUUCCCUGAGCAUUGACUUUUAUGUACGAGUUUUUGUGCGUGUUUACACUGGGCAGAAGCAAGUCAAGAUGUCAGUGACUAAGACCUCCAUGGUUUACCAUUGCACAGGCUGUGGGAGCUUUUCUCUUCAGCCUCUUGCUAUCGCUAUUCCAACAAAAGGAGGUAACCACAAAUUUGUUCCGGGAACAGGCCCACCUGUGGGGGCCCAUUGUGAGCACUGCAGCCACAAGCAUCAGAUUGGGGGACCUAUGUGGUCGGCCCCAAUUCAUGAUUCUUCUUUUCUUGACAUUAUGUUGAGUAGAUUGCAGUCAGCCAGCACACUAUACAAAACCAGUGAGAGAAUGGUAGGCAUGUUGAGUGUGGCCAAGGAAGAGCUGCAGGAAGUUCCACUCUAUUAUGUGCUUGAUGAUGUCUGCAGUGUUCUUCACUGCUCUCCACCCAACAUGCUACAAAUGAGAUCUGCACUGCUGCAUGCUGGUUACAAUGUGUCUCUGUCCCAUGCUGCCAAGAAUUCUUACAAGACAAAUGCUCCAGCAAAAGUCAUAUGGGAUAUCAUGCGCUGUUGGAUAAAAGAUCAUCCAGUCAAUACUCGGCGCCUGACAGAAGGUUCUGUGGCCCUAAACAUUUUAAAGCAAGAACCUGAUCUACAGGCAUCAUUCCUGCCACAUCCUUGUGCUAAUCCAGCCUCCAGACAAAAGGGUCUUGUACGGUGGCAGCAGAAUCCAGAACGAGAAUGGGGUCCCAAACCAAGAGCACGCAGGGAGGGAAACGAUGCCAAGAACUUGCAGCAGGUGGAAGAACUGGCUGAGAUGAAAAGGAGUCACCCAGAGGAAAGAGAAUCAGAAGUUGCACAGAAAGUUUCUCGAAUGGAAAAGGCAUGAUAUCAGUUUGAAGGCUAUUGUAGGCAAGAUGCAAAGUUUGAAAUGUUCUAGUUUUUGAUAAAACGGUAUCAACAGCCAAUCAAGAUCAUUUUAAUGAAUACCAUGAAAAUGUAGCAGGUGUUGCAAACCUAUAAAUAAAAAUAAGAACUGUU